CGCGGCGGGAAACGGCGGCGCGCGAGCCGGGGUGUCCCGAGCCGGAACGGCCCCGGAACGGCCCCGGGAGCGGCAGGCCUCGGACCCCAUUCCUUAGUGCGGCCCCUUCUGCCUGUCCGAGUAAGGUGUGUUGCUACAGCCUUCCGAUGGGGGCAAAGCCAGCAGCGAAAAGAUACGAAACAAGGAAUAAGAGAGCAGGGACAGAGGUGGCACCAUCCAAGUCCCGGGUGGACUGGAGGCGCACCAGAAGGGCGCUGGUACUGCUCGACAGCGACCAGGAGUCCUCAGGCAGCUCCGAGGAGCAGGAGACCGCCACAUCGGAGAGCGAAACGGAUGAACGGGGCCGGGCGGCUGCCGGGAGUCUGCCGCCGGACCGGGAGCUGAAGGAGCGCGCUGGGGAAGGGACGGAGGAUGGUGACGAUGAGUGCGUGGUGCCUGGGAAGCGCAAGAGGCUGAGCGCCUCUGUGAUGUACGACAGCGAUGGAAGUGAGGGCAGUGACAUUCUGGUUCGGAAGGUUCAUGCCAAGCGCCGCUGCGCCAUGCUGGACGGGGCGAGCUCCGAAGAAGAGCAGCCUGAUAAAACACGCCCCGCAGAGAAUGGUUCUGCUAGUAAGAAACAGAAAGUGCUUGCAAAACUGAAAGAACUUGUGAGACGAAGCGCAGCUCGGAGAUCCUGCAGCAGUGCGAAUUGUGAGGAUUCUAGUAGUGAAGCAUCAGUAGAAGAGGAACCACCCUGUCAAUUGCCCCUCACACUCUCAGAAGGUAGUGAAACUGACAGUGACAGCAUGAAAGAUUUUGUAGUAGAGGAAGAGGAAAACGAUGAUGAUGAUGACAUUGACAACACAGAGCAUAUGAAGACUGAAAAUCAGCCACAUCAAAAGCAACCAAAUCCAUCAAACAGUGAGCUGCUGGCACACUACAUCCCACAGUUACCUCGCUGUGAUCAUUAUGUACACUUCAAAAGAAUAGUAAAGGCUUUCCUCAUAAAUGCAAUUGAUGACAGUUUUCUGAGCUCAUUAUAUGAUGGAACAAGACAAAAGAGGUAUGCAAAAGAUAUGCUGCUCUCACUUCAUUAUUUGGACAACCGCUUCAUUCAGCCUCGUCUUGAGAACUUAAUCUGUAGAAGUCGCUGGAAAGAUCGAUACAAGGAGCGUGUGGAUUGUUACCCAGAUGUUCGCAUAAGCCUGAAAAAUACAAAAAAUAUGUCUUGUCAGGCUUGUGAGAUGAAGAGGUGUUGUAAGUUCAAUGUGUUGCUCUCUGGAAGGCUUUAUAAUAGUAAAACUUUAGAAGUGGAUGACUUCAUGUCAGGUGAUAAACAGGUUUUGAAGGUUGGCGUGGUGUGUGCAAAUCGUACAAGAGUUUAUCACAACUUGAAACACUUCAAGUACAAGUUGUACAUGGAUUGCAGCUCUGUUGUUGGAUUGGAUGGUGUUGAGGAUGAACCAGUCAAGGACACUGUAGAGCGGCUUUUCAGCCACUUGGAAGAGAAUGGAUGGAUUCAGAAGAGAUACAAUGAUCUUGAAGAUUACAUGGAGGAUGCAGACACUUUUCAAGAAGAGAAAAUUGAUUAAGAGGCCAUAUAGCUCUUUGAAAGACAACUUUAAAAAUGUAAAUGGCCUACUUCAUCUGCAUGCACUUUAUCUCUGCCUGGACUUCGAGAUUUCCAUGUAGGCUGUUAACCUAAAUUCAUAUGCCUUUAAAUUACUGUUUGAAAUGUGCUGUAUCUUUUUUUUUCUCAUCUGUGUCAAUAUAAACCCAAAGUUUUACCAAAUCAGUCCUUUCAGUGUUACUGCAUUAAGCACUUUAAGUUUCUUACUGUUAGAAAUAUCAGUUCAAUAUCUAUUUACUUGUGAAAUAAAACUUCCACCUAUUUAGAUUGAGCUGCAUUGUAGACAACGUAGGAGAUGCUGAGAUCUUUUGAAGUGAGCAUAUUUGGAAAGGUAAGACUUUGUUAUACAAGCACUUGGCACUUGAUCUUACUUCCUUAUUGCCCAUUAUGUGCAAGUACAGUCAGUUAGAAUGAUAGUUACAACAAACAGGACCCAAAUGCAAAGAUCUAUUUCUCCUCUGAGGAAUCAGUAUAGACAGUUGCAAGGCAACAGAGGAAAUAUUCUGCAGUCCUGACUGCAUUUGCAGCACUAUAGUCAUUCCUCUCUUGAGAAAGUAGGUGAUGAGUCACAGUAUGGACGUCAUACAGACUGAGUCUGGCUUAGCCAUCUAAAUGAACACAUGGGCCCACAUUGCUGUCUCUGAUAAGCAGCUGGGGCAAUUUACUGAGAUUUUAAACAUCAGGUUACAUUAUGCAAACAUAAUGGCAGCAACUUGGAGUAACUGCAGUCCUAUGAGACUGGAUUAAUAUGCCCAUGCAAGAUAAGCAAGAAUUCUUCCAGUGUAACUCAACAGAAAGUAGGAGUUAGUCAGAAACAGGAUGCAUGGCUUACCAGAAUUUCAUGAAACCCAAGUCAGAGUAGAUUUUUUAAGGAUUUAGGAAGGUUUAAGUAUGGUACUGUCCAUUCUGAAAAAUUGGACAAGAACCGUAAAUGUGCACUUGCAGCCCAGAAAGCCAACUGUGUCCUGGGCUGCAUCCAAAACAGCAUGGCCAGCAGGCUGAGGGGAGGUGAUUCUAUUCCUCUGCUCUUAUGAAGUUUUAAACUCAAAGAAGUAUAAAUGGACAUAUGGAAGAAAUUUUUUAUUGUGAGGUUGAUGAGGCACUGGCACAGGUUGCCCAGAGAAAGUAUGGAUGCCCCAGCCCUGGAAGGGUGUUAAGGUUAGGUCAGGAUGGGGCUUUAAGAAAUUUGGUAUACUGGAAGAUAUGCCUGGCCAUUAUGAUCCUUAAAGGUCCCUUCCAACCCAAAUUAUUCAGUGUUCCUUCCCUGUAUUUUGGGCUGCAUAUGAAAAGAAUCAGAUACAGCCUAAGAUAAAAUGCAGGGCACGGCUUUUGAAUCCUACAUCUUGCCGUAUGCACAGACUCUGUUAGUGUUUUGUGGUUGAACAACUUAGUGAAAGACUGUUAACACUCUUAAUCCUUUUAACAGGUUACUCUUUUAGCAGCAAAACUAAUGGAAUCUGAUUUCUCAUAGAUUUGUCCGUAAGUUACACAUUUAUAUUGCCACUUUACUGGGAACAGAUAGGCUGAUUGGGUAGGCAACUGCUGCCAGGUGUAUGGCUUAACAAUGAACAUCUGCUGCCUUUUUUACAUAGGCUGUACCUUAGAUUUAUCAUUCUAUACCCUUUUUCCAGCAUUCACUGUGAGAAAUGAACUGCUUUUACUUUUUUAAGGAUUUGAAAUUCAGCAAUGUUUUAAAUGGUAUUAAGAUGAGUUAGUAGCAUCAGUACUUCUUUGUACCACACACAGAUACAAGAUAUACAAAACCAAGAUGAUAAUUCCCAGUAAAAAGACUGAGGCUUGCUGUCAAAUAAACUUACAUUGAAGAUAUUCUUUCCAUACCUUACCUGUGGGUUAGAUACAUAAAAUUCUGAGAUUCCAUAUGUCUUACUUGUAUCUAUCUCUCUGGUUACCAAAGCUGAAGUUUUCCUUCUUUAUUCCUUUUCUUCCCUCAUCUCUGUUCUUCUGGGAAUAUUGGUGGGAACACACGCAUCAACUAUAAAGUACUCAGGAACCCAUCUUGAAUAUAUUUCUUUUAGUUACUUCUUUUAGAGACCUCACUUCUUUCUGUUAACAAAUCUCUGUAUCGUUUGGUUUGCUUCUCUAGAACAUAACAUACAUUUGGUGUGUAACUUUAUUCUUAAAAAGGAAAACCAUUCUGAAAUGAGUUCUGUACCAUGUAAUGGAGUAUGUCCUCUUAGAGCCUUCCUGACUGGUCCUAAUUUUUGUUACCACAUGAAUUUUCUGAAAACUCUCAAGACUAUGACUUUGCUUAAAAAUUUUGUUGUCAAAAUGAAUGGUUGAUCUCUCAUUUUGCUACAUUAAAACAAUUCACUACCAAAGUAAAGAAUAAGUUUGUGAAACACUGGCUUGCUGAUUACAGGUAAUACUUCAAGAAUACAUACAGUUUGAUUGAAAAUUGAAAUGGUCCAUUCUACUCAUUUUUUCGUAUCCCAGACCUUGUUUCUCACCUCUUCUUUAUUCACCUAAAAAGCGUGUGCUAUCUACAGCAUUUUUUUCCAAAUCAUUGUUUUUUCUGUUGCUAGCAGGAAUACAAAAGUAUUCUGAUGGAACUUCUUUGUAGAAAGUGCUUCCCUAGGUUUACUAAUCUUGGCUGUGGUAUCACCAGUGGGACUAAGAAAAUGCCUUAAAUUGAAAUCACUCAUUUCUGUUUCAGUAAGAAACAUAUUUGAUUUGGCAGGAGCUGAUGUUUUUGUGUAUAUUGUGUCUCUUAAACUCUGAUAUUCCCCUCACUGAGAUGAGAGGAAGUGAUAAUAUUCGUGUGGCUGUUGUUCUACCUGAAGUGUUUCUAAAAGACAGCAAAUGUGAAGUGUCAUUACAUCACUUUUACAUUUGUCUUCACCACAGAAAGUUUAAAAAUUGUUUAGAAGAGUAAAUAUGUAAAAAUUUAGAUCAAAUUUUCCAGGUCUGUCUGCAAAUGCUAGUAAAGCAUGAAGCACAAAGAAGACUCUUACCCCUGAGACUUUCUAUAUAUAGAAAGAAUCACUAAGAAUAUUUCUAGCAGAAAAAAAAAAAAGUGCAAAUAUCUAAUGAUGGGAGAAGUUAGAAAUCUGACUAGUCUUUCAUGCUUUUUUUUCCACAUCAGAGAAUCUGAAUGGAGUUAGGAGUUGAGAGAAUAAAAUGUUUGUUCCAGAAAGAUA